AUGAGUGCCAUACUCUCCGCAGACGACCUCAACGACUUCAUCUCACCAGGCGUCGCGUGCAUAAAGCCGAUAGAGACAUUGCCUGUGCAGGCAGAAGACAGCUCGAAUCCGUACGAAGUCACGACUGAAGAAAAAGCCGCCGCCGCACAACCGCCGCCGCCCGCCUCAAUAUCGCUGACCGACUGUCUCGCCUGCUCAGGAUGUGUCACCAGCGCAGAAGCAGUGCUAGUGUCACUGCAAUCACACAGCGAAGUCCUCACCACGCUCGACACGUACCGCUCAUUGCGAGCACCAUGGAUGACGCAUAAUGGGACAAAUGGGACAAAUGGAACACAUGGCAUGACCAAUGGACAUGGUGUUGAAGAGAAGCUGUUUGUAGCAAGUGUUUCGCCACAGGCACGCGCCAGUCUAGCCGCCGUCUUCAACAUUACUGAAGCAGAGGCUGGCAAUCUGAUCACACAGCUGCUCAGCGGCCCCUCGGGACUAAGAAGUGGCGGUCACCAAAGAAGUGACUUUACCUGGGUCAUCGACACAAACUCAGUACGUGAGGCAUGCUUGGUGGCAGCAGCAGACGAGGUCGCCCAUGCGCUGUCGCCAGAGGCGUUGAAUGCGCCUACACGACCCGGAUCCGAAGGCGCAAUAGACACCACACCCAAACAGCCAAUCCUCACGUCGGCAUGUCCUGGAUGGAUAUGCUACGCCGAAAAGACACAUCCAUACCUCCUCCCGCACCUCUCGCGCCUCAAAUCCCCUCAAGCACUCACCGGUACGUUGCUCAAGUCGGUGCUGAGCCAGCGCUACAACGUUGCGCCUUCGCAAAUAUGGCAUCUAGCCAUCAUGCCCUGUUUUGACAAGAAGCUCGAAGCCAGCCGUAGCGAACUCACCUCAGCUUCUUGGCUCCCCGGCUACGAAGCAUCGCAAGACAAAGUCCGCGACGUCGACUGCGUAAUCACGGCUCGCGAAGUCCUCCACCUCGCCGCCGCCCGUGGCAUCAACCUCGCCUCCCUGCCCAAAACCCCUCUUGCUCCCGCCGACCGAACGCCCUUCCCCGACCCAAAACUUGACACAUUUCUCUUCCCGCCCUCGCACAGGAAGAACCAGCCGGCUGCCGCAGGUUCCUCGGGCGGCUAUCUCUACCACAUCCUACAGACGUACCAAGCACGCCACCCAGGCUCCACACUCACCAUCUCGCGAGGCCGCAACGCCGACGUGGUCGAAUACGCCGUGAUGCAGGGCCCGCAAAUCCUGAUCCGCGCCGCCCGCUUCUACGGCUUCCGCAACAUUCAAAACCUCGUGCGCAAGCUCAAACCCGCAAGGGCCAGCCGACUACCCGGCGCAAGGACGGGCGUCGUUCGCAGGCCCCCAGGCGCGGCGGCGGCGGCUUCUGCGCGCGAGGACGUCGGCCAGUAUGCCUACGUCGAGGUCAUGGCGUGUCCGGGGGGCUGCACCAACGGCGGCGGUCAAAUCAAGGUCGGCGAGGUGGACGAGAUUCGCGCCUUUGAGCGCGUUCAAGAUGCGAGUGGCCGUGAGCCUACGCCUGCGCCGCGCCCGGGGCCCAAGGAACAAAAGGAAUGGCUUGCCAAGGUUGACGAAGCGUAUUUCUCUGCCGAAGAGUCGGUGGCUGAUGGUGAUGUUGAUGCUGAUGAUGAUGCCGGUAUCAAAACUGCUACUGCUGCGGCUACUUCCCCCACCAACAACAAAGAUGACGACAUCGUCGGCGGCGUCUCCAGAACCCGCAUCAAGACUAUCCUGCACCAUUGGUCCGACAUCACGGGUGUGCCUUUGCAACAGCUGCUCUACACGUCUUUUAUCAAGGUCGAGAGCGAUGUCGGCAAGAAGAAGCAGAGCGAUAUGGAGCGUGUGGCUGGGUUGGCGGUGGCGGUGGGUGGGGGGUGGUGA